GUCCGAGGUCACUCCUAUGCGAAAACUAUCGCGAGUAGCAAAAUGACGACUAAAAGUACUACUUUUGACUGAAGGAAACAACCCCAUUCUGGAGCCCGAUGGUUGUACAGAAUUUCAAUUGGUGGUGCUCCAAGUUGGAGGAGGGAGCGAAUAAUGGCCUGACAAUUCAAAACAUGAUCAAGGGUAAAAUCACUUUUAGUGUAUUUUUGAUAAUACUACCCACAGUAGUGUUUGGCAAAGAUUACUUUACUGCAGCUGUUUUUGAGCACAGACCAAGAGACGAAUUUUUCCAGGAACCAAAAACCAUUAUCACCAAUAAUCUUGAUUUUUAUGAAAGGGCCGCCAAAGUAGCAGCUGAAAAAGGGGCUGAUAUUAUUCUCUUCAAUGAAUAUGGUGUAUUUCCCUACGCAGAAAAUGAAACCAGAGAGAACCUUCGCCAAUUCAUGGAAUACAUACCUAAUCCUGGGAAAAAGGUUUUCAAUCCAUGCGUAGAAGAAACUAAAGAUCGAACAAUUUUAUACACUCUUAGCUGCAUAGCAAGAAAAAAUAAUAUGUACGUAGUCGCAAAUAUGGGAGACAUUCAACCUUGUGAAGGAACCUGUGAUUCUCAAAAAGUGGAAGGAUGUUCGACGAAAUGUCCACCCGACGAAGUAUUCAUGUACAACACAGAUGUGGCAUUCGAUCGGGAAGGAACUUUAAAGGCAAAGUACCAUAAACAGCAUCUUUUUUACGAGGUUUUAAACACACCAGAAGAACCCGAAUUUGUAACGUUCAAAACCGAAUUUGGCGUAUUCGGCAUGAUUGUGUGUUUCGAUUCAGUUUUUCAAGAGUCUGUCAUUCUGGCUGACCAAGGCAUAGACACACUUCUGUACCCAACAUUAUGGUUCGAGGACGAGUUGCCCUUGAAUUCUCCCGAAUGGGAGCAAUCAUGGGCUUUAGCCAACAAAGUAAACUUCUUUGCUGCGAACGCACAAAUUCCAGGUUUAGGAUCACUGGGAAGUGGCAUCUUCUCGAAAACCGAUGGUGCAUUAGUGUACACGUAUGAUCCAGAUGGUGAAUCGAAACUGUUAGUUGCAAAUGUAAAAUUACGGGACGAUGCGAAGGUAGAUACGAAUGCCUCGAUUACUAUUAUUGGGAACACAUUUAAUCGUGCUAAAGACGAAACUGGAGCAAAUUUUCCUGACAUUUGCUACGAUAAGAUCAUUGGAGAGGCAGGCAACUUAUACACAGAUUACAGAUGCUACAAAUCACAAACUGAAAAUUACACUCUUGUAAAAUUGACUAAACCUAGCGGAAAGUUAGAAGCUUGUAACAAUGGAUUUUGUUGUUCCCUUACAUAUACAGCUGAUGACAUAAAGGAAGAUUUUUACUUGACAGCUUUUAGCGGGAUGAAUAAUGUGAAGGGUUAUUAUCAUUGGUGUGAAGAAACUUGUCUACUGAUGAGGUGCGAUCCGUUCGAUGGAAAGCCUUGUGUAGUACAGCCUCCAAGCUCUAAAGCAGUAUUCACGUCUUUAGAGAUGAAAGGAAAGUUUAGUUCUCAGAGAAUAUAUGCCACAGUUUCGAAAAACAGGCAUCGAUUGGCUCCGAAAUCGGAAUGGUACUAUACGAUUUCAGGUUCCGAAGCCAAAUUAAACUACCGCUCACAAGAGAAUAUCUCUCUACUGAAAGCUGGCUUUUUAGGAAGGUGCUACAAUCGUGAUCCACCGUUUGUAUCAUUUUACGGAUACUGA